AUGGCGGACGAAGGCGCGCGGCGGUCGCCGAUGCCGGGCACGCCGAUCGUCGACGAUGCUGCGAUCGUGAACCCGGGGGACGAUGGGCGGACGAGUUUCCCGACGCUCGCCGAGCUGCGCGACAGCGUGCGCAAGCUCGAGCGCGAGCUCGUGAUCGACCGCGCCAACGAGCCGCUCUCGGGGCGCAUCAUCCACGUCGCGCACGGCAUGCCGUUUAUGCUACAGCCCAUGUCAGAGAUCAUUGAGCAAGAGAAGAAGGAGGCACAGCUUGCUGCGCGCGAUACGGUCGCUCUCAUGGCCGAGCGCGCGCGUGCGCGGCGGGCCGAGCGCGAGGCGAAGCAAGCGGAAAUGGCGCAGAUGGAAGAACAGCGCCUGCUCCAGCGGCAGCAGCUGCAGCAGUCCAUGCAGCAGUCCUCGCGCAAAAACAGUUUCUGGAACCAGCGCUCGCGCCACGCGUCCGGCACGAGCGGCUUUGCGCAGAUGCGCAGCCAGCUCCUCGACGCAAUCGACCUCGACAAGCAGCUCAUGGAGAACCAAGAGCGCUCGCGGCGACGCGCGGGCCGCCGCGCGUGGAUGAUGACCGAGGUCGUGGAUGAUACCAGCGAAGCUUCCGAGGACGACCGGUUCUCCCCGGUGAGCUCCCGGCGCAACUCGCGCUACGCACGCACCUCGUCGUCGAGCGUGGACAUCGAGAUGCCGUCGUGGGUCCCGCGCGAGAGCGGCAUCUCGGACCAGGCGUCGCCCGUCACGCCGCCCGACCCGCCGGCGCCGCAGCGGCCGAAGUGGUACCUCUCGCUGACCAGCUCGCACGCCGCGCUGAACAGCGGGAUCUACUCGCUGUGCAAGACGCACGAGCAGACGUUUAUCGGCUGGCCCGGCCACAUCCAGUUUGGCGCCGAGGACGAGCGGACGGACGUGAGCCAGACGACGCCAGACGAGCGCCGCGAGAUCGAAGGGGUGCUCGCCGAGCUCGAAAACCACACCAAGUGGACCUUUCACGCGGGCGGCCUCCAGAUGGGCCCCUCGACGCUGGACGUGGACACGCCGCCCAAGUCCGGGAUCAAGUACGUGCCCGUGUGGCUCGACUACCACACGGCCCACGCCCACUACGAGGGCUACUGCAAGUCGACGCUCUGGCCCCUCUUUCACUAUCUCUUGUGGCGCGACGACGCGGACCGCAGCAAGUGGGACCAGUACAGCUGGGAGGCGUACGUCAAGGUGAACGAGGCGUUUGCCGAGCGUGUCGCCGCCGAGUACAAGCCCGGCGACAUUGUGUGGGUGCACGACUACCACCUGCUCCUCGUGCCGCACCUCGUGCGCAAGCGCGUGCCGGAGGCGCACAUCGGUCUCUUUGUCCACGCCUCGUUUCCUUCGAGCGAGUUCUUUCGGUGCCUGCCGCAGCGCAAGGAGCUCAUCGACGGCAUGCUCGGUGCAGACCUCACCUGCUUCCAAAACCGCUCGUACGCACGCCACUUUAUCUCGUCCUGCGUGCGGAUCAGCGGCUUUGAGGUGCAGGGCGCGAGCGUCGAGUCGUACAAUGGGCGCGUGACGCACGUGUCGUACAAUCCGAUCGGCAUCGACGUCGCACGCGUGCAGCACGAGUGCCGCGCGCCGGGCGUCGCGCCCAAGAUGGAGCUCCUGCGCGAGCUGUACGCGGACAAGCGCAUCCUCGUCGGCUGCGACAAGCUCGACGUGGUGCGGGGCGUGAUCCAAAAACUCCAGGCGUUUUACGAGCUCUUGCUGCACUACCCCGAGUGGCGCGAAAAGGUCGUCUUGAUCCAAAUCACCAUUCCCGCGAUGAACUCCUCCGCGAAGCUCGAGCGCCAGGUGUCGGAGCUCGUGAGCCAGAUCAACGGCGACUUUGGCUCGCUGAGCUUUACGCCAGUGCAGCACUACCACCAAAUGAUCGACCGCGACGAGUACUACGCGUUGCUCUCCGUCGCGGACCUCGCGCUGGUGACAUCGGUGCGUGACGGAAUGAACACCAUGUCCAUGGAGUAUAUCCUGUGCCAGGACGUCCACGGAAAGGGCGCGCUGGUGCUCAGCGAAUUUACCGGCACCGCCGGCCGCCUCCCGGCCGCGAUCCAAGUAAAUCCAUGGGACAUUGACGGCGUCGCGGCUACCAUCCGCCGCGGCCUGUGCCUCUCUGACAAGGAGCGCAACGAGCGCCAGCGCGAGUGCCACAACCAGGUCGUGUCGCAGACCUCGCAUACGUGGGCGCUCUCGCUGGUGCAGCAGAUGCUCCUGCGCCUGCGCCACCGCUACUCGGCACACUCCACGCCGGUCUUUGCGCGGGACCAGAUGUUGAGGCACUUUGCCGCGGCCAAGAAGCGCCUCUUUUGCCUGGACUAUGACGGGACGAUGACGCCGAUCGUCAAGGACCCCGAGGCGGCCGUCCCGUCGCAGCGCCUCCUGGAUGCGAUGCGCAUCUUGUGCGAAGACGAGCGAAAUGUGAUCUACAUCAUCUCGGGGCGCGACGAGCGCUUCCUGCGUAAGCACUUUGACCAGUUUGGCGCGAUCGGCCUCUCUGCCGAGCACGGCAGCUACUUUAAGGAGCACGGAACUGGCAAGCACUGGCAGAACCUCUCGGCAGAGCUCGACAUGUCGUGGAAGUCGGACGUCCUCAACGUGUUCCGGUACUAUACCGACCGCACAAUCGGCAGCAUGAUCGAGGAGAAGAAAAGCUCCAUCGUGUGGCACUACCGCAACGCGGACCCGGACUAUGGCUCGUUCCAGGCGAAAGAGUGCCAGGCACUCCUCGACAAUAUCAUGUCGCAAAACGACCUGCAAGUCGAGGUCGUGGUCGGCAAGAAGAACGUCGAAGUGCGCCCGCUCGCGAUCAACAAGGGCGAAAUCGUGCACCGGAUUCUCUACGCGAACCCGGACACGGACUUUGUGUUCUGCGCAGGUGACGACAAGACCGACGAGGACAUGUUCCGCUUCCUCUCGAGCCUCACGUCCGAAGUCACAGACGAGGCGCAGGAACUGCCUGACCGGUCGACACGCACCAAUUCCGUGGACAAUAUCGUGGUCCAGCCCCCGGCGCCUCUCAACCGCUCCCAGGCACGCAACACGAGCCCGCGAAAACUGAAGCUGCGCCGCGAACAGAUCUUUACCACGACCGUCGGGCCAGGCUCGAAGCGGACCCUCGCAGAUUGGCACGUGGGCGACGUUCAGGACAUUAUCGGCGCACUCGCGGCCAUGGCAGGGACCGAAGAGACAUAG